AUGGAGACAUACCUGGUGACUGGCGCAGCUGGUUUUAUCGGAAGUUACGUCGCACGAGCGCUCAACGAGCGUCGUGUACGAGUCGUUGGUUUAGAUAACAUCAACGGCUACUACCCGAGGGCUUUGAAGAGAAAUCGGAUUUCAAAGCUCGCAGAGGUUGGCGUGCACGUGGUGGAGGCGGACCUCAAUGACUCUUUGACACUCAGGGGGAUUUUAGAUACGUGUAGAGUGACGACAAUCGUACACUUGGCAGCACAAGCGGGCGUGAGAUAUGCAGUGAAAAAUCCAGGGUCGUAUGUUCACUCAAAUGUCGCAGGUUUUGUUUCACUGCUCGAAGAAGUAGUGAAGACAAGUCCUAUACCAAGAGUGAUCUUUGCCUCGUCGUCGAGUGUAUAUGGGUUGAACACAAAGCUUCCGUUUAGCGAAUCGGAUGUAACUGAUUCGCCAGCGUCACUAUACGCCGCAACCAAAAAAGCGAAUGAACUCUUGGCGCGCACAUACAAUCAUAUUCAUGGUGUUGCAUUGACGGCGCUGCGCUUUUUCACAGUCUAUGGGCCGCACGGUAGACCUGAUAUGGCGUACUACUCGUUCGCGAAUAAUAUCAGGGCAGGGCAACUUGUGAAUAUAUUUAGAAGUGCCGAUGGCAGUGAACUUGCACGUGACUUUACAUACAUAGAUGAUAUUGUUCGUGGUAUCAUUGCAGCAUGCGAUACAAGCGAGGCUAGUGGGAAGAAAGCAGAUGGUUCGAACCCACCUUUUAGGGUAUAUAAUCUUGGCAACACGCAUCCGGUGACGGUGAGCGACUUCGUCUCGAAACUUGAACACGCCCUUGGCAUGGUGGCCAAGCGCAACUACUUGCCCAUGCCCAAGACUGGGGAUGUCCCUUACACACAUGCCAACAUCAGUGCUGCUGAACGUGACUUGUCGUACAAACCCAGAGUUGAUCUUGAUACUGGUCUUCAAUAUUUCGCGGAAUGGUACUUAGGUUACUAUGAUAGUGGCGCGAACAGUGAGGACUUCAAGUACAUACCACUGUGA